CGGUACACGUGGCACUCCACUUUCCACGUCUGUUAAAAUAGUGGGUAGGCACGUGGCCUUGGGAAUAGUUAAAAACCCAAUCGCCACUAGCCGCAUAAAUCGCCCAAAUUAAACCCAAUCGCCACUAUAAUCAGAUCUCAACUGCCCACUCAGCCCACUCAAAUUUUCGUCGUCUUCUUCACAAGAACCCUCUGAUAGAAUUCUCAAGAACCCUAAAAUUCUUCAAAUUCUUCAGAUUCUUUCACUCAAAUUUCAGAGAAAAUGAAGAUUGUUAGUGCAGAUGUCCAUUUCCAGAAGUUGGAAGGCAAGUGCUCUUCAUCGGCGUUCUAUCAAGACUAUCUGGAGAUGAUUGUUGCUCAAGAACUCUCCGAAUUGCUUUGUAUGGAGAUUCACUCCAAAUAUGAAGAUGAAGUUCUUGAAUUCUACAGGAAUGGAAAAGUCAAGACUGUCCAAUCGAAGAAGAACCCACAGAGGAUGGUUCAAAUCAUCAAGUCCACUGUUGGAGGCGCCAAAGUAAAGAUUUCACAGAAGAAAUUGGAGGAGAAGCUUCAUCUUCCCAAUUCUGGAAGUGAAAUUGGGAGACUUCCAGCCAAGAAUCUGGAUUGGAAGACUAUUGGGAUUUCUGGGCAAAUCCCCUCUGGUCCAGCUAAGAAAUUAGAUUUGAAGAAUGAUUACAAGUUAGUUCUGGAGCUGGUCAUCGCAUGCCUUGAAUGUGGCAGUGGAGGACAUGCCGAUGACAUCACUCAGGAGAGGGCCUUCAUCAUCAACGCCCUCAUUACCAAAUCUAAGACCAUGGGUGUUGCCUCAGAAGGCAAGAAGUAUGAAGCUAGAUAUUGCCUUUACUACAUGACUUCCAAAGGAGAAAACAAAGUCAGUUCAACUGCAGAGGAAAGCUCUUCAGACAAUGUCCUCAUUAUGAGUCUGAAAAAGUCAGUAAAGAGGAAGCAAGUGGUGUCUCCCUCUCCUAGUGCUGAAGCACCACAGAAUCUAGCAGUGGUGAAUUUGGAAGAAGAAGAAGAAGAAGUUUCUGCCCAAGGGGAACUUCAAAGGGAGAAGAAAAGGAAAAUCACCUCUCCCUCCACAUCUGAAAAUGUCAACCCGAAUGAGUUGGUGGGAAAAGAACCAGUUGAGGAACACUCUGCACUCAAUCAGAGCCCUCAACAACUUGAUGAAGAAAUUCCUCAAGUUCAGAGUUCUCCAACCCCUUCUCUACAAGCUCAAACUGUUGAUGUAGAGAGCCAAUUCAUGCAGAUCUACUAUGACGGGAGAGAUUGGAAGGUUGGAAACUCAGCAGAGCAGCUGUUGGGAUGGGACCAACAACUGAAAAAUGAGAAGAUCAUCAAGAAAUGCUUGGGUCUACCUGUUAAUCAUUGCUUUUCAGAAUUUGAGGUUGACGAUGAGGAUCCUGCAGUCUACAGGCCAAUCUUCUCAAAAACAAUAGAAGAUCAGAUGGUUCUCACCACUGAAGCACAUGCUAAUAUGGAAGCCACAGCAGAGGAUUUCCAAGUAUUUCCGGAAACCUCCCCUGCUUUUGAGACUGUUUUGCCUGAAGCUGUCCUGGAGAAUGAAGCUUCUCCCCAACAAGAACAGCACCAGGAAGCUUCAGAGGAAGAACCUCUUCAACUCCUCCAAUCCCAAGUUCAAGAGAUUCUCACAACUCCUUGUGAGCUCUCCAAUCAACCUGGACUUGAGAUUCCGGAGAAGUCAACUGGAAAUCUGGAGAAGUCCACCCCUCCAAAGACAACAGCACUUGAAGCUCAAGAAAACCCAUAUGUAGAAGAAGAGUCUGAGAAGACACUGAAGAUUGAUGAUGAAGAAGCUGAGCAAGGAGAUUCUGAAUCCCUCCCCCUGCAACUCUUCCACAGAGCACCUUCUUCACAUCAGAUUGCAACAAUCACAGUCAGCCUACAGAAGCAGAUGUCCUUUCUCCAGAUGGACAUUAGGUCAGCCCUGGCAGUGUCUUCAGCAAAUCAAGUGGAAACCCAAGAUUACUUGAAGGUUAUUGCUGAAAAUCAGAAGAAAGCAUUCAAGCUGUUCAGACAUUUUGGAACCUACACUGGCAAUCGCAAGAUAGAUAGCAAUCCGGAGAACUCAACGCAGCAUCUGACAGACUCUAGCCUUGAUGGAACAGAAGUUGUUGGAACCAUUGCCUCCCACUUCUCAAAUGAUGAACAGACAAAGGAGAGAUACAACAACCUCAGACGCAUCAAAGAACAGUGUGGAAUUAUGCAAGGCAUUAGUGAGGCUACCGGAUCUUCUAAGCGCAAGAAGCACUGAAGGCUCUUUUCAUCAAACUAGGGGGAAGUAUGUGAAAACAUUAUUUUGUUUUGAUGAAAACACCUUCUUGUUUAAACAUGAGUUUUGGUUUAAACAUUGCUUAAUACUUCUCUUAAUUAUGCUUAUUAUGCUUGAUCAUAUUCAUUUUAAGUAUGAUUUUUGAGAUUUAUCUUUAAGCGCAUACAUUCAGGGGGAACUUAACUAUUUUUUGCUAACAAUUGUUUUUGGCAAUGAACUAUUGAUAAACUC